AGGUGCUGUAUGAGUUAAGAAACUGAAGAAAAUGAAAAUCUUUAAAUGAAUUUGACAAUGGAGGCUAAUCAGAAUUAUCAACCCAAGUCCUUUGGUAAGAAACUGUUAGAACUUUCAUUAAGUGAAAACACGUUAUUGCUGUGGUCAGACUAGUAGUUAUAGUUAGGUUUGCUGCUGGAACAUAUUUUUUUUUAUCUAAGCUUUGAGGGUAAUGUCAGGCUGUCCUAUUUAAACAUUAGCAUAGAUUUCCAUAGUUCUUACUUUCUUUCAAGUCCACGCAUUGCAACAGUGAGUUCUCCCGUUGGUUUUGAAUAUUUUCCAUUUGACAUUAUCCAUUCAAUAUCAGGAGAUUUGCAUCAUACCAGGAAGGAGGGACACUUUUUCUUUGCUGUUCUUCAUAGAUAUUAUUAUUCCCCCUGGAUGCUCUACGACAUGGGGAAAAGAAAGUAAAUAGCCCUGUAUCCAUGCUAAAUGUAUAACUAGCGCUUCUGUUAGCAUCACACUUUUUCUCUUUUGAAGAGCUUUGUCAAAUAUUCAAAAUCAAAAUAUCCAUCCAGUGGUUGCACUCAUAAAUUCAAUUGGGUUAAUUCAUGAAGAUAUUGCAGUGGAUAAAGAUCUAAAUUAUUAUUACUAUCGCCAUUUAUAUAGCGCCAACAGAUUCCGUAGCGCUAUACAAUAUAAUUAAAGGGGGGAUUUAACUAUAAAUAGGACAAUUACAAGAAAACCUACAGAAACGAUAGGUUGAAGAGGACCCAAACGAGCUUACAGUCUAUAGAAGGUGGGGUGUAAAACAGAUUAGGACAGGAAAUAGCAAUCAAACAAGUUGGGAGUGAAGCAGGGAGUAGCGUGCUGCCCUUUAGGAGAGAGCAAGAGACAGGUAUGUGGGGAUAUUUAUGGGAUGAUAAUAUUAAACAGUCGAGAAUUACCCACUAUUUCAAUUCUCUUAGAUCUUAGAGAUCGUUAUCAUGUAAGUGAAAUGUAUUCCAUACAAAUAAAAUCACAAUUUGUUAUAAAAAUAGAUUUAAUUUAUUGUGACAAAUAAAAUAAAAAUAAUAUUAGGCAACAUGCAUGAGAAUAAUCAGUGAAUAUUUAGUAUAACAUAAGUAUGCAAUACAAUGAAAUGGCUAUACACGUUCCAAUGGCUAACAGCAUCACCUGUCACUUAAUAAGAUUUAUGAGGGUACUUCACAGACAAAAAGUAAAGCUUCACGCAGCGAAAAGCCAUAAAACCUUGGCUAACAGUUAAAUCAACUGAGUAACCCUUUCAAUGCUGGCUAGAUCCUCCUUGGCAUAUAAUAUCCUAUUAUCAUGUAAUUUUCAAUUAAAAUUCACACCAGCUCAUUAAUCAUUUCCUGAAACCAUCCAAUAAGAAUAAUCUACCAGAUUUUUACAAAAGCCGAAUUUUAAUUUGCCUAAAAAGAUAUCUUAUCUUAUUUUAGAGCAAAUCAAUACACCUGGAUAAAAACAACGGUAUGCUAAAACGUGAUACUAUCACAUUAAUAUAUAAUUAUUCUUAAUUCCACCUGCAGAAUGGAAUGUUUAUAACUAUAUAUUCUUUAAUUAAUUAAGAUUUCUAAAUAUUGAAACCUGACCGUGAUUUAUCCAGUCAUAUAUCAUGCUAUUAGUAAAUUUUAAUUAAUUUUAAUUAAUUAAAUAAAACCAGCAUAAUUACCAGUUAUGUAGAUAUUCUCAUCAGAUGAGUAGGUAGUCCCAGAAACUUGAUUGGUUGUAUGGAGGUACGUGAGUAAUAGAGAAAGGUGGUGUUGGUUAGAAAGUAUCAGUAAAUUUUAAGUGUCAAGGAGUUUAAGAGUUGAGUGUUAGUCCCAGAGAGUGUCCUGAAUCUCUCUCUGCAUGUCUGAAUCUGAAUGCCCAAACUCCACCAACUAACUUCUCUCUUCCCUUUGUCCUAACUUUUAAAGGGCCAGACUCUCUGUACGUCAUUAGUUGAUAAGGCCAAUAGGAAACUGUAGGUGUGGUCAUCCUGCAGAUCGCAAUUUAGGUAAUUGAUCCAUUGCCUCACUAAACCUUCCUAUCCAGGAAAAGAGUUAACUUUUCCUGAUGACGAUUUUGACGUCAUUUGGCUUAUCUAAAAUGACUACCAUAACUUAAAUUUGCUGUCAGUUCAAAGCGUUUGUCUCAGUCUUUGUGGCAACUACUUUGAUCGUAAUUUGUAAAAUUGACAGUUCUAAACUCAAUUUCACCCCUUACUUACAAUGGGACCUUGUAAAAUUUAGAAAGUAAAAUUAAUUACUUAGUCUUCUCUGACACUAGUGUCUGUGUUUAUAUAAUGCAUUCCUUAGCUCAGGCUCAGUGGUUAGUGAAAGCAAGGAAAUUAUGUGUCUUUGUUAUCCUGAAGAUAGCAAAAUGGAGUCCGCUCUGUUCUGAGUGACUCUGGCAAUAUACACUUUUAAUUUCUUUCUUAGCACAAAAUGUCUGCCGAUAUAAAUAUCCUGACAGGUAUGUGAGGUAGAGGUUACUCUUGGAGGCCAUAAGCUUUCCUAAAGAGAUGGGUUUUAAGGCACUUCUUAAACAAUUGAAGACUAGGGGAGAGUCUCAUGGCGGUAGGCAGACUAUUCCAUGGGAAGGGAGCCGCCCGUGAGAAGUCCUGCGAGCAUAAGUUGGUCGUACAGGUGCGAGCAGCGGACAGGAGAAGGUCACGUGCAGAACGGAGACCGAGAAGGGGUAUACUUAUGGGUCUGUGAAGAGAUAUAAGAGGGGCUAGAAUUGUUCAGUGCUUUAUAGGUAUGGGUUAGCCCUUUGACUUAACUCCUAUAGGAUACAGGAAGCCAAUGUAAGGACUGACAGAGGUGUGAGAGGAAAAUCAGUCUGGCAGCAGCAUUCAUUACAGACUGAAGCAGGGCUUUUGGAAGACCAAUUAGGAGAGGGUUACAAUAAUUCAUGCAGGAAAUGACUACAGUAUGGACAAGCUCCUUGGUAGCAUCGUGAGUAAGAAAGGGGCAGAUGCAGGCUAUGUUUUUAAGAUGGAAUCUGCAGGAUUUGGCAACAUACUGGAUGUGAGGCUCAAAGGGGGGGCCAGAAUCAAGUAUGACGCCAAGACAGUGCGCUUGCAAGGAUGGACUUAUAUGGAUACCGCUAACUUGAAGGGAGAGCGAAAGAGGAGGAUCAGUAUUAGGAGGAGGGAAGACAAGGAGCUCAGUUUUAGAGAGAUUGAGUUUCAGAAAGCAUGAGGACAUCCAGUCAGAGAUGGAAGAAAGGCAAGCAGUGACACAUUGCAGGACGGCAGUCCUGUAUAAAAGAGGGACUCUUGGCACUCACCCUUACUGUUUCAAAAAAUUCAAUCUUGCCUGGGUGCAAUCCUCAGCGUUUGGCAUAUAACGAAAAUCAAUAUAUAAGGAGCACUCACAGGUCUUCAUCCAAAGUCUGGUUUAUUCUUUAGUGCAAAUUACAUGUGCAAAUCUUUAAACAAUCGAUGUUUCGACCCUCACAGGGUCUUCUUCAAGAUCAACUAAACAGUGAAUCAGCUAAGUAUAUAUACACAACAAUAAAGAUUAAUAACUUACCAACAGGUGUGUGGGAAAGAGCAAAGACCGCCAACUAUCCGAAACCUGGAUAGUGUACAGGUGGUAGUGGAAUCCAAAUGAGGUAAUAAGUUAUGCAUUAAUAAAAUACCCCAGUAUGUAUAGGAAAACUACAUUAAAUUAGUAAUAAUUACAAAUUUGGCAAUUGUCCUUACCUUAUAUACCUAUAUAUAAAAAAUAUAUAUAUAUGUGUGUGUGUGUUUAUAGAGCUACUCCAUACCUAUUUUGCUAGAUAUCUACAGGUUACUGGCUGACCCUCAUCUUAACCUUGCUACUUGCAUUUUUGUUUCUCUCCAUCUUAUACUUACCUCUGCUUUUCUGUCACUUGCAGCUGCUUUCUCCUCAUAUCACUAGACUCAAUUUGGUCUGUUUAUGAGUAGCGAAAUACAUUCUGGCUUAUUUCAGCAGACAACUUAAAGGCAGCCAAGUGGAAAUACAGAUUCUGUUGUAAUAAUAUAAUUUGCCUUUAGGAAUAUCUGAAUGGAUUACAUUUUACUAAAACAGCUAAAUUGUGACAACAGAAUGGCAUCCUGCUGCCAUUCAGCGGCUGUUUAGCAUUUAGUAGAUAUGCACCAGUAAUUGUGAACCCUGAUUUAUUUUAUUUAUUAUACUGUGGUCAUCACAGCAUUGUUUAUCAGUUAUUUAGCUACUCUUCUAACUGAGCUGCUGUUUCCCCAAUCACAACUGAGGCAACUUAAAGGGACACUAUAGUCACCAGAACAACUACAGCUUAUUGAAUUUGUUCUGGUGAGUAGAAUCAUUACCUUCAGGCUUUUUGCUGUAAACACUGUCUUUUCAGAGAAAAUGCAGUGUUUACAUUACAGCCUAGUGAUAACUUCACUGGCCAUUCCUCAGAUGGCUGUUAGAGAUCCUUCCUGGGUCAUGGCUGCCUAAAAUGCAUCCAAACAUUCAGUAUCUCCUCCCUCUGCAUGCAGACACUGAACUUUCCUCAUAGAGAUUCAUUGAUUCAAUUCAUCUCUAUGAGGAGAUGCUGAUUGGCCAAGGCUGUGUUUGAAUCAUGCUGGCUCUGCCCCUGAUCUGCCCCUGAUCUGCCUCUUUGUCAGUCUCGGCCAAUCCUAUGGAGAAGCAUUGUGAUUGGAUCAGACCACCACUUCUGAUGAUGUCAGCAGACUGCUUGUUUUUCUGAGGCAAACAGCAUGCAGAGUUACAGCUUCUGGCUUGAAUACAAUAAGAUUUUACUAUAUUUAUGGAGGCAUGAGGGGCCCAGGGGGGCUAUAUGGUGGUUUUAACACUAUAGGGUCAGGAAUACAUGUUUGUGUUCCUGACCAUAUAGUGAUCCUUUAAAACUAACAGUGAGUGAAACAUUUGAGCUUUGAUUUAAUGCAUAUUGCAAAUUAUUGACUUCUUUGCUAUAUUUUUUCAUGUGUGAUACUUUUAUGUUAGUUUGGUAACUUCAUUUAUUUAUUGCAAUCUUAUUGCAUAUUUAUUUUAUAUAGGCAUAUAGAUUGCUUGUUACAUUACAACUUCUAAAAGUGAAAGUGGUCUUGGACGCUGGAGUAACCCUUUAAAUAGCAUAUUAUCUCAUGAGAAUGAAUGUUCAAAUUCAGAUGCAAGUCUUUGUCAUUAGCCAUGAUAAGGAAUACAUCCUACAUUAUUCAGUUAUGAUCCAUAGCACUAACAAUUUAUAUAUUUUGUUUUGUAAAUUUCUAUAUCCUAUUUAUUCUGUUAAAAACGCUAAGAAUUUAAUAAACGUAUCUACUGUAUUUAUUUCUUAUAGGUGGAUCCAUAAGAACUAUGCAAGAAAGAUUUCAUAUCCAUGAUACGUUACCAGAUUGUGCUUAUAAUGAUAAAACUGAACUCAAGGAUUCAAAUUACUCAUCGCUAAUCAAACCAGUGAAAAAACAAAGCACAUCUGUAACUAGGAUGGGAAAGGAAUCUGCCUCGCCUGAAGAAGGAAACCUGACCCAAUCGGCUACAGAGACUGAAUACAUAUGUUUUCAAAUUAAGGAAGAAUCUGCCUCAGACGAUGGUGAUCUUACAGACACUGACAUUUAUUCACCCACAGAGCAUACAUUUGUCCAUGUUAAGGAAGAAUCUACCUUGUGUGAAGAUGAUCUCACAGAUGACUUUUAUACUCCCUCAGAACAUAUAGAGACAUCAUAUACACCUACUUAUAUUAAAGCGGAAUCAGCCUCCGAUGAAGACCGAAAUCUGACAGACACAGACGCUUGUGACCCCAUAUUAAAUACGCAGCCAGAAUAUCAUAUUAAAGAGGGAUCUUCUUCUUGUGAGGAAGGGAAUCUCACAGACAUUUACACUCCGAAAGAACAUACAUCUAUUCAUACAGAUAACAAAGAAAAAGAGGAAAAAACUUCAUUUCAGAAAAACAUCUCUUCCAAAAGGCAUCUUACUAAACCAUUUUCAUGUUCAGACUGUGAGAAAAGUUUUCACUGUAGGUCAAGUUUGGUUAAACAUCAAAGAAUUCAUACAGGAGAGAAAGUCCAUUCAUGUUCUGACUGUGGGAAAUUGUUUACAAGUUCCUCACAUCUAAUUCAGCAUCAGAGAAUUCACACCGGAGAGAAACCAUUCUCAUGUUCUGAGUGUGAGAAAUGGUUUAAUAAUAAAUCAAGUCUUGAAAGACAUCAGAGGACACACACUGGACAUAAGCCAUUCUCAUGCGCUGAUUGUGGAAAAUGUUUUAAUAGUAAAUCAAAUCUUGAUAGACAUCAGGCUACCCACUCAGGACAGAAACCAUUUUCAUGUUCUGAGUGUGGGAAAUGUUUUACACUUAAAUCGGGCCUAUUUGAACAUCAGAUAAUUCAUACAGGAGAAAAAGUACAUUCAUGUGCUGAGUGUGGAAAAUGCUUUGCCCGUUCUUCAUAUCUUCUAAAGCAUCAGAGGAUUCACACAGGGGAAAAACCAUUUUCAUGUUCUGAAUGCGGGAAAUGUUUUACCUGUUCCUCACAUCUAGUAAUGCAUCAGAUGAUUCACAUAGAAGCAAAACCAUUUUCUUGCACUGAAUGUGGAAAAGGUUUUAGUUUCAAGUCUAGCCUUGUUGAACAUCAGAGGAUCCACACAGGUGACAAAAUACACUCCUGUGCAGAAUGUGGGAAAUGUUUUACUCGUUCUGCAUACCUUCUGAGGCAUCAGAGCACUCACACAGGAGAGAAACCAUUUUCUUGUUCAGAAUGUGGGAAAUGCUUUACCAAUAUAUCGAAUCUUGUUACACAUCAGAGGAUUCACACAGGUGUGAGGCCAUACUCCUGCCCAGAAUGUGGAAAAUGUUUUACUUGUUCCUCAUAUCUUGUUAUGCAUCAGAAGACUCAUAGAGGAGAGAAACCGUAUGCUUGUCGUGACUGUGGAAAAUGUUUUAACCGUUCCUCGCAUCUUCUAAGGCAUCAGAUAACUCACACAGGAGAGAAACCAUUUUCUUGUGCUGAGUGCGGGAAAUGUUUUACUGAUAAAUCAGAUCUUGCUAAACAUGAGAUGAUUCACACAGGAGAAAAACCGUUCUCGUGUUCUGAGUGUGGCAAAUGUUUUACUCUUAAAUCAGGUCUUACUGAACAUCAACGAAUUCAUACAAGGCUAUUUUCCUGUGCAGAUUGUGGGAAAGGUUUUACCCGUUCCUCAUAUCUUGUUAAACACCAGAAAAAGUCACACAUUAAAGAAAGUGUUGUCAUUUCCUGAAAAAGGGAAAGCUUUUAAUACCAGAUUUUAAAUGUACAACAUUGUUCUGAAGGCAUACCUUAUUAUACCCAAGUGUUACCUUGUCCAUUUUAACCAGAGUAAGUUAAGUUUGAAGAAUUGUCUUUUCUGCAGUAGUCGUCUUCUCUAUAAGAUGGACUAUGGCACCCAUUUAGGUACUCUGUGUGACCAAUUCAUCUGUAAAUGUAUACCUGACUACGGGAUAGUCCUUGAACGGUGUGCCCUCUGAUACUUCCAAGGCCAUCCAUAGAGCUAUCAUGUCUGGAGAUAAAUCAAGCUACCAAGCACAUACCGGCUAACUGACUUUGUAAUGAGUCAGUUCUCAGAAUGCAGAUACUGACUGGGUACCUCAGUUGAAGGAUGCUCCUAGCACUUCCUGAGGGCUCCAAGCACUCCAGCAGACACCAUAACCACUGUAGACUCCUUCAGCAAGCAAGACAGGAACAAGCUCUUAGUAGUGAUAUAGCAAGAGAGUCUGACUGGCAUAGCAAUCCCUUGUAGCAGAUUCCCCCAAUAAGUGACGGCACUCCAAAUUGAGGGUGAAGUAGAACUGAACUUUUAUUCAAACACUCUGUUUUUAUGCCCAUUCUACAAACAUAGUACCGUCCACAGGAUUUUGAAGUACAACCAAUCAAUACGUACAAUACACUCACACUCCUGUGAUAUAAUUACUGAACACAGUGGGCUAAUGUAAUUAUCACAGGCAGGAAAAUACAGUUUUACACAAUAUUUAUAACUCCAAAAGUAUACAUCACAUUCACAUAAAUUUUCAGAAUCCGCAUACUCCAAAUACAAACAUACGUCAAAAUCAUACAAAUUGGUCCAGUGGGUCAAAAGUUAGUUGGAAGUCCCUUUGUGACUGACUGCAAGCAUGGCUUGGGUGUGGUAAGCCAAUUAUCUCCAGCAUACAGAAAAUAGCUCUAUUCACAACAACCGUAAAAACACAUAAAAAUACAUAAUUCCUAUUAUAUUGAACAGAACCCCCACAUUCAACCUAUCCCCAGAUAGCUUGGAUCCGAACGCUCAAUAUAUCCGAACAGCGCUCAGAUCCCAGAAACAGAAUAAAAUCGCCAUGGGGUUUCAUUUAAAGGGCCAGAACAGUCUUUUAAAAGUUAAUAAGCCCCAAGUGUUUUUAAAGUGCCCAAUCUCCCAGGGGCCAUAGUCCCAAGGCAUGAGGCUGGCAAACAGUCCCCUCCAAAAACUAGUGGCGAGGUCCCUUUCGCCACAUAUGGUAUUUUGUGUGAUUGUAUCAUGCUGCUCUUUGUAUGUAAAUUCAAAUGUACAGUGUUUGUAUAUGUUAGUGGCAUUUCGCAGGACAAGGUGCAGCCAGAUUCAACUUGAGUUCCUGGUGGUGAACAUACAGUUAAAGCCCAAAACUAUCACUGUCAAACAUUGCAUUCUAGUAAUGAGCAUUAUCACUCAUGUUGCUCAAACUGAUUACUGAUUUAUCUAGUAGUUUAGGUAGCCAUGCCUGAUGUAUACAACAUGCUGUGUAAUUUUAGAAAUAAAUAUGUAUGUAUACUGUGACGCUGCUUUAAUGAAAAUAUCAUGAAUUGUAUUUUAAGUUGCAGGUUUUUCUGAAUGCACAUUAUAUAUUGAUGUUUUCGGAUUUCUGUUUUGCUCAGGUGCUUCUGAAUGCUGUACCCAUCUAAUAAUAGUGUUGCUUGUUACAUUACUAAAUCUUAAUUAGAACAUAUAGUCAGUAGCGUUCCUUUUUGCUUCCACAAUGUAACACGUACCUUUCUAUUAGUAAAACUGCUGCAGUUCAGUUUUUACAUUUAACGUCAUAGUCCAACUAUUAUUGGAAGACGUGUGCGUCUGUGCGCAAACUUCAAGAGUGAGUCUCUUGACCUGUAUAGCCGCAGGGUAGGUCAGCAGAGACAUUAGUCCAAUCUCUAGAAAAGUCAUCAGCUCAACAACCCAAUGGCUACGGAUCUCUGUGGUGGUCAUGUAAGAUCCCUGGUUGGGAAAUGAUGUAAAAGGAAAAUAAUCAAAAAUGUAUGCUUUUAUGUAUAGCAGAGCUUGUCAAAUUAAUUUGUAUUGUAUGCAAGUAUUGCAUUCUAUGUAGAUGUGAAUAGAAAUGUAAAUUGGUGUUGCAGGUGUUGUGAUCUUCUUAGAGUUUGGU